GUAUAAAUGCAGGCUGGUGCUCGCCGUCAAGCCCUGGGGGAGGCUGGGUCAGUGUAACCAUACGCAAACUUUUUGGGCACUCGUGUCGAGCCCGAAAGCCGCACACUGCUGCUCACCAUGAGCGGGGCCCUGAGAACCGACCAAAGGAUCUGGCGGCAGGCGGCCACCGUAGUGCUAGCGGCCGGAUGGAAGCACCCGGGCGCCGCCGCGUCGUCGUCCCUGCCGCCCGCGGAGGGCUUCCGAGUGCUGUUUCUGCAGCGCUCCAAGAACCAGAAGUUCGUGCCCGGCGCGCACGUCUUCCCCGGAGGCGUCCUGGACGCGGCCGACCGCUCGGCCGACUGGUUGCACCUCUUCGCGCCGCACCACGCGCCACCCCGCUUCGGCCUGGGCCCGGCGCCGCCCCAGCGAGCCUCCUUCCCGGUGCUGUCUUUCUCCCGGCCCGAAGGCCCCGGCGGCGACGCCGCGGCACUGCCCGAUGACGUAGCCCUGCGCAUCUGCGCCAUCCGGGAGACUUUCGAGGAGUCGGGCGUGCUGUUGUUGCGGCGCAGGAGCGCUGGGCAGAUUCCCGAGUCCCGGGGUUCCACUCCCGAACCCGACUGUGCCCUGGAGCCUCCUCCGGACGUGUCCACCUGGCGCACCCGCGUCCGUGGCGACGCGCGCCACUUCCUGGACUUGUGCGCACACCUGGACUGCACGCCCAACAUCUGGGCGCUGCACGACUGGAGCGGGUGGCUCACUCCGUUCACGGGUGAAAAACGCCACCGCUUCGACACGAAUUUCUUUGUGUGUUGCUUGCGCGAGCCGCCGCGCAUUCAAAUCGAUUUGGCGGAGGUGGUGGACUACAAGUGGUCAUCUCCAUCAGAGGCAACUGAAAGUUUCCUUUCAAAAGAAAUUUGGCUGGCACCCCCACAGUUCUAUGAAAUAAGAAGACUUGAAAAAUUUGCCUCUCUUUCUAACCUGCACAAGUUUUGUUUGGAGUAUGCAUUAGAAGGGGCAGAAAAAUGGCUGCCUAUUAUCUGUGUUACUGCUGAUGGGAUUAUCCAACUUUAUCCAGGAGAUGAGCUGUACUUAGAAGAUUCAGACUUUAUAGAAAAGGUUUUGCCUACUAAAAAAAAGACUGAAGAAAUUAUGAAGGAAGGCAAGAAACUUCACCGAUUAGUCCAACACCACAGCCAUUAUUAUAGUAUUCAUGUGACAAUUCAAUCAAAGGGUAAACACAUUUACCCUAGGAACUAUGUGGUAAAUAAGAGCCAUUUGUAGGUGCAGCUUGUUUGUAAGCUAGCCUACUUGAACUACAGCUAAUGGUAAGGGCCAACUGUAUUUGCUUGAAAUUUAAGGACUCUGUAUAGAAGAUAUAAUGCAGUAUAUCUCAUUUCAAGUGGAUGUCUCUUAUUAUAUAAAUCAUAUUGUAUACCACAAUAUAAAAUUUAUGAUUUUGUUACUAAAAUAAUAAAGAAUUCACAGUGUUUCCCA